CUCCGAUCUUCACUUGACUCCCUCCCCUCCUCGAGAAGAUCAUGCCGGUUACCGACACCUCCUGAGCAGCAACAAGGAUGCCCCGGAAUCUCCCGUGGCUGAACAAUGGAGCGACCAUCAAACGAGAGCCAAAGGCCUCGACACCACGACGAGCCGUGAAGCCCGAGACGACGGAUCCCAGAAGCGAGGACGAUGUGACACCGAAAGCAGAGACCCCGGGGUCUCGCAUAAAGAGGCGGGAUUUUCUCCGAUCGUGUAUGUGCUCUGCUUUCGAUGCGACUUUCAUGAUGAUAGGCCGGUAACUGACGUCUUGCUGGAUAGCUCCUACGCCGCCGUCUUCGCCGAUUCAUCGAUGUCCGACCGAAGAGUAUGUGGUCACUAGGUAGAGAUGAAAGAGGGAUUGUUAAUGUGUGGAAGGUAUCUACGCGAGGGGUUCGACAAAGACGAUAUAUACAUGAUGGUUGAGGACGAGUUCUACGCGGUCGCGCAAACGUUCACCCAGCACUUGCACUAUGCGGAAUAUCUACGGCGGAAAAAGGAAGCCAAGCUUCAAAAUGCUACGGCGAUACAGAAUAUCGCUCGCCCGACCGAUGGAGUCACCCCGACGAGCGAGGAGGUUAGGAAGAAGGCUGCAGCGGCGGAGCUGUCGGCCCAGCAGAAAGCCGGCUUGCAGAAACUUGGAAACAGACCGGCUGUGGAUUCUGAAGAGGAGACGGAGGGGCCUGAGGAAGAUCGGAUCUGGGCGGGUACUUCGCUGCAUGAUCUCAUGAUCAGCCCGCGAAAGGUGCGGUCCUUGGUCGGCAUGCAGGGUAUCAAGUCGUCGACGCGGGCGGCCGCCGGGAUGCAGGCUGCUGGGACCAGCCGGGGCAGCGGAGACAGCGUUACAGAUGGGGCGGCAAGGGAGGCAGAGGACGAUCUACUGGGUGAAACAACUGGGGAAGACGACGAUCUGGACGCACGGACAAGGACGCCAACACGGCCGUCUCGGACGCAACCGCGCUCUACAUCUAGCUUGCGAAGCAGUUCGCUGCAUCGCGCUACAGGAGAGGGUGGGAUGAGAAGCGUGCAGUCUAUGAGUGGUAGAUACAGUACACCAACCGCGACCAAAUCUAGGAAGAGAUUAUUAUUUGAUGACUUUGAUGGGCUGCCAGAGCCGCAUCAGUCACCCAUUGAGUUGCAGGGCCAGAAAUCCUCCUCGUCGUUAGGCGGACGUCCGCCGAAUCCACGCGGCGUGGAUCCCAAGGCCAAGAAGUCGCGUCUGAACGAAGUUCCAACAUUCUUGUUCUGAGGUGCAGACUGUGAUCACGAUGGAGGGUAUGAUUCCGUCUGGGCGUAACUGGCGAAUGGACCGGCAUUGCAGUGGCCGGCACCGGUUCAUUGCUCAUCGGCGUUGGAAAGAGGUCGGGCGACUCGGACGCUCAGCCUCCGGACGUGCGUCUUAAUCUUGUCUCGUGUCGAUGGUUGGCGUUCCAUGGCCGUGGCGGCCGCUUCCUUCUCCUUGUCGAGGGUCGAGCCCCGGCUGUGCAGGGUGGCCGCACUGCAAGCGAUGGUCAGACUGAUGGUCAGCACAGUCAGGGCGCGAGAUUACUGACUCGUCAUCCGUGAAGAACGCGGGUAAUUCCUCUUUUCGAAAGUCGGUGGGGGGACC